GUGGACUUCGGUUAAGAAGAUAUUUUGAUGGCGCACGUGAGAAUGAUGUGAAACAUAAAAGAACUGGAAAUGCGCCGCGCGUGCUUUUAUCUGCUGCAGGUUUCUACCAUUGUAAACCUCCUUCCUUCGGGCUCUUUAGCAGAUCUGACAUGUGAGGCUCUGCUCAUGCUGGCCGGGAACGUCUCAUUGCAGUUCCUGGCCUCCUCCUGGAACCAAACUGUCAGCAACACCACAGGUCAGUGGAGCGGCUCUGGUCUCUACUGUGACACCUCCAUCGAUGGCAUCGGUACCUGCUGGCCCAAGACCAGUGCCGGGCAGGUGGCAUCACGGCCCUGCCCGGAGAUGUUCUACGGCGUCAGAUACAACACCACUAGCAGUGUUUAUAGAAAAUGUCUUACAAACGGUACGUGGGCACUGAAGGGGAACUACUCCAUGUGUAAGGCCAUUCUUCCUAAGAAAAAAGAAAAGAUGCACUAUCAAAUAGCUGUGAUCAUAAAUUUCCUUGGUCACUGUAUCUCGAUGGUGGCUCUCCUCAUCGCUUUCUUCCUCUUCUUGUGUUUGAGGAGCAUCCGCUGCUUAAGAAACAUCAUCCACUGGAAUCUCAUCACCGCCUUUAUCCUGAGGAACGCUACCUGGUUUAUAGUCCAAAUCACCAUGAGCCCCAAGGUGCACGAAAGUAACGUGGUUUGGUGCCGCCUUGUCACCGCCUCUUUUAAUUAUUUCCACUCUACUAAUUUCUUUUGGAUGUUUGGCGAAGGCUGUUACCUCCACACGGCCAUCGUUCUCACCUACUCGACCGACAAGCUGCGCAAGUGGAUGUUCAUCUGUAUUGGCUGGUGUAUACCAUUCCCAAUUAUUGUGGCAUGGGCCAUCGGGAAACUGUACUAUGACAAUGAAAAGUGCUGGUUUGGAAAGCGAGCUGAUGUGUACACAGACUAUAUCUACCAGGGACCCAUGAUUCUGGUGUUAGUGAUCAAUUUUAUAUUCCUCUUCAACAUAGUGAGAAUCUUGAUGACCAAACUGCGAGCUUCUACCACAUCGGAGACAAUUCAGUACAGGAAAGCUGUGAAGGCUACGCUGGUGCUCCUUCCUCUCCUGGGAAUCACGUAUAUGCUCUUUUUCGUCAACCCGGGGGAAGAUGAGAUCUCUCAAAUCGUCUUUAUAUAUUUCAACUCCUUCUUGGAAUCCUUCCAGGGCUUCUUUGUGUCAGUAUUUUAUUGCUUCCUAAACAGUGAGGUGCGGUCAGCUGCGAGGAAGCGCUUUCAUCGAUGGCAGGAGCAGCACUCUAUCCGAGCCAGAAUGACCCAAGCUAUAUCCAUCCCCACAUCUCCUUCACGGGUCAGCUUCCACAGCAUCAAGCAGUCCACUUCACUAUGAGAGUGAAAGGCAGCCGUGUCCUAGUAAGUGCACCGGGAUAAACCUCCAGCUGCAUUUCUCGUCGUUUUCUGUCACAUCAGCACCAGAGCACACUGAAACAUUUAGAGUUUGGACAAGGCCAAAGAGAGAGAUGGCUGUAUCACUCUGCAGGACCUCUGGGGGAUUGACAUUAAGCAGCCUUUGCUGAGAAAGUGGAUGAGGGACAGGAUAAAGGACACUGCAGUAUUUAGUAAAUGGCAGGUUAGAGGACCAAGAGCUGCAAGAGACCAAGCCGAGUCCAGAUCUGUAUGACUGGGUGUGAAUGUUCUGUGAUAUUCAUCUGCCAUUGAAAUGAUCUCUUAUAUUCCUGCUUGCACUUCGUUUUUUGUUUGUUUGUUUGGUUUUGGCGCUUAUGCUGCUGGACUGCAAUGACGUAGUCAGUCCCAGGA